AUCAGAAAGAGUUCCGUGAACAUGAAUAACUACGUUCUUGCUUUGUUCGUCGUUGUGGCGGUGUUGGCUACCUCUGCGUUUGCUGAGAAAUUGGUAUGUGACAGACCUAACGAGGAAUAUCGUUGUGGAUCGGCGUGUCAGACGACUUGUCGGAAUCGUGGAGAAGUUUGUCCCAUAAUAAACAUCAGAUGUAACGACGAUUGUUACUGCAUCGAUGGCUACGCAAGGAACCUUCGAGGCCGGUGCAUCCCCAUAUCGUUGUGUCCACCCAAAUUUCGUAUAGGAAGACGCCGCAAUCCGUUCUCGACACUUCCACCGUUUCUCCAAUCUACAGAGCCUCGUAAUUUAAUCGUUCCGUAAAUUUACUGAAUGAGAGUUGUUGUUUUUUCCGUCUGGCAAAAAUGAAGAAAGAAGAAAAACAAGAGAAACACAGAUAACAUUACCGACGCCGAUUACGCCGUCUCGCGUUAAUUAGCUGCGCAAUUCCAUCCGCAAUAAACACGGGCUACGUCAUCCGUGAAAAGCUAGAUGUGUACGAUAUUCAAUAACAAUGCCAGUGUAUUAAAUUCCUAUUUAUUCUUCCUUCCUAGCGUAUAGGUUGUAUUGGUUUUUACAAGUCGUUGGAUACUUGACACGUUUGUUAAUAAAAAUCUUAUCAUUCUUCCCGUA